AUGGCGCCUCCGACAGCACCAUUGAACCUCGACGUCGAGGCCAUCUCAGGCAUCUGCGGUUCCAUUUCCAUAGCCGCAUGGGUGGUUGUCUUCUCGCCACAGAUCAUCGAAAACUUCCGCCGCGGUUCCGCAGACGGGCUCUCCCUCCACUUUCUCAUGACCUGGUUGCUCGGUGAUGUCUUCAAUGUCCUCGGCUCCGUGCUCCAGCGCGUACUCCCAACCAUGAUCAUCCUCGCCGUCUACUAUACCCUUGCAGACAUAGUUCUGCUCGGGCAGGUCUUCUCCUACAGAGGCUUCACCUUGAAGGACGAGGUCAUCCCACCUACACCAAAGCCGACCGUCAUCCGUACCACGAGCGCUCCGAGCGAGACCACGACCCUGCUCAAUGGUGGCAGCAACCCGCUAGCACACCGGGAAAGGAGAGGCAGCGACUGGUCCAACCUGAGUCCCGCCGUCCCAAUGCUGCACGAGCAGCCCGCCACGCCCCCACCGAGACCAACAAGGCUCAAGGCCAUCAUGUGGAACACGACGGCGAUUGCAAUGGUAUGCGCUGCCGGCAUUGCUGGCUGGCUGCUCAGCCGGCACCAUGACGACAAUGACAAGCCCCACACGCCUUCCGAGGACGAGCUGCACUUUGACUUCUGGGGCCAAGUGUUUGGCUGGCUCUGUGCGGCCCUCUACCUGGGCUCGCGCAUCCCGCAGCUGCUCCUGAACUGGCGCCGCAAGUCGACAGAGGGUGUCAGCAUUCUUUUUUUCCUCUUCGCGUGUCUGGGCAACCUCACCUACGUCCUGUCCAUCAUGGCGUACGAGCCCCGCUGCGCCCACCGCCACUGCAGGCCCGGAGAGACCGGGGAGCUGUACGGCAAGUAUCUGCUCGUCAACUCGUCGUGGCUCGCCGGCAGCUUUGGCACGCUGCUGCUAGAUCUGGGAGUGUUUAUUCAGUUCUUCAUCUACGGCGAGGACACCUCGUCUAGCGACGGGGACGAUGAGGAGACGUUGCUCGAGGACGAGGAGAGCAACAUUGACGAAUCUCGCUGGGAUCAACGACCUCUGCUCUCGCGUGGCGACUCGGACGCGCACUAA